AGGCGACGUGCAUCCACCCCGACCGCGAGGAGCCGAACCUCUGCGGGGACUGCCCGCGCAACUCGAGGGUGCUGGCAACCGCGGCCCCGGCGGGCGGCGCCAAGCCCGACGCCGAGGAGGCCGGCGCCUGUGGCAGCUGCCCGCGGGCGCGCGAGUGCCCGGCGCUGGAGGCGCAGGCGGUGUUCGCGACAAGGGAGGCAGCGCCCGCGUGGUGGCCACGGCCGCCCUCAUCUCCUCGGCCAAGGCGACGUGCAUCCACCCCGACCGCGAGGAGCCGAACCUCUGCGGGGACUGCCCGCGCAACUGAGGCGCACGCCGCCCCGCCGCGCCCCCCGAGGGCGGCUCUCGCUGCCCGGUCGAGCCCUGCGAAGGGGGGGGAAACGGGCGCUGUAAGGAGCGGGUGGGGGAUCUGCAGCCGCCGCGCUCAAUGCUUUCCAAGCCGUGUUUUGGGGAGCCCGCGCAUUUGGUGCGGACCGCCCGAUUUUGAAGGCCAGGCUCGUGCCGAGGAGGAGGAGUUGGAGUAUGACAUGGUUCGUCCAUGCCGACUGCUAGUGGCGAGCACAGCAUCGGCUGCGGCAGAUGCAACGCAAUUAAAGAUAGAUCUCUGGCCUAUCAAUGCAGCUUCUCCUGCGAUUUUCGGCACUGGGGUGGUGCGGUAAACCAUCCAGCAAUGCUGGGCAGCCGACCCCAGAUGCACCACAUCUUCCGCGUCCUCCUCCAUCCCCACAUCAUCAUCAAUCUCAUCAUCAUUAUCUUCCUCCUUUUCCUCCUACUCCCCCUUCCAAGUGAGGAGCGAAAGACAGCCACCCACGGAGCCGAGUGGCUCGACCCGCGCGACGCCCGAUCGCGAAGGAAAA